AAGCGCGAGCCCUGACCCGGAAGCACACGGCAGCUCGUGGGCGGGAGGUGCUGGCUGGCGGGAGUAGCGUGUGUAUGGCCGGCUGGGGCUGCGGAGGAAUGUAGACUUCAUCCUGGAAAAGACAUCACUUCUGUGAUAGCUUGAUACAGUUCCCUGAAAAUGAAGCAAGAUUCUCUUAGAAAUGCUGCUUAUACUGUGGACUGUGAAGAUUAUGUGCAUGUGAUAAAAUUCAAUCCAUUUGAUAGUGGAGAUGCAUGCUCUCUCAUUGCAUAUGGUGGCAACAAUUAUGUGGUUGUUGGAACAUGCAGAUUUCAGGAAGAGGAUGCAGAAGUGGAGGGCAUUCAGUAUAAGACGCUAAGAACAUUUCAUCAUGGAAUCCGAGUUGAUGCCAUAGCAUGGAGUCCGGAAACUAGACUUGAUGCUUUACCUCCCCGGAUAAAGUUUUGUACAGCGGCUUCUGAUAGGAAGUUAAGACUAUUUACUUCAGACCUGCAGGACAAGAAUGAAUAUAAGACAUUUGAUGGCCACUCCGAUUAUGUUAAUGACCUGGUGUUUGCCCCAAAAGAAGGUCAAGAAGUUGCAAGUGUAAGUGAUGAUCACACCUGCAGGGUCUGGGAUUUAGAAGGAAAUGAGAAGGCCCAUUUUGUUUUACGUUCUCCUGGAAUGAGUGUUUGCUGGCAUCCUGAAGAAGCUUUUAAGCUGAUGGUAGCAGAGAAAAGUGGAACAAUACGAUUCUACGAUCUAAUUACACACCAGGCCAUUCUCUCCCUAGAGUGUGAACAAACACCGCUGAUGUCAGCAGACUGGUGUUUAAAGAAUACUCUCAGAAUUGGAGCAGUUGCUGGAUGUGAUUGGCUAAUCUGGGAUAUCAGUCAUUCCAGUUAUCCACAGGAUAAGAGACCCGUCCACGUUGAUCGAGCCAGAUUCUUCAGGUGGUCCAGAGUGAAUGAAAAUCUGUUUGCAACCAUUGGAUAUCCAGGAAAGGCGACUACUCAACUGCUUGUUCAUCACUUAGGACAUCCGCAGCCCAUUCUUACUGGUACUGCAGCUGUAGGAUCUGGAUUGACAUGGCACAGAACCCUUCCAUUAUGUGCAGUUGGAGGAGACCAUAAGAUUUUCUUUUGGGUAACAGAAAUGUAAAAAUUGCCAUAUGCUUUCAGUAUUGAACUUCGCAGUAUGACAUAUUUUUCAUAGCAAAGGGAUUGGUAUUUAUUCAUUUGCAGGACAUAAGAAAAAGCAAAAUAAGAACCUUUUGUGUUUCAUUUUCAGCUUGCAAAUGCAAUAACUAUGAUAAAAUCAGAUACCAUAAAUCUGACCCUGUCUAACUUCCCUUAAAAUAUAUACAUUUUUCAGCGUGGUGUUUGGUGUGGCAUUUGUUUUUUUAAUGGUAACUUUGAUUUGUUUAUUUGAAGAGAUUGUGUAUCUAGCAAUCUCAGUUGUCUCUCAGUUAACACAGCACAAGUACUUUGAGAUUCUCACAGAGUGCCUACAGCAUGAACACCUGUUUCUGUCUUAACUUUCCUGAUUGAUUCACUGCUAUCUUUUAAGAAAGAAAUACAGUAACGUACUGUCAUAAAAUAUUGUCUGUGAAUGUGUUUGCUGAUUACAGAAGUUACCACACUGAAGAAGCUGAUGGGGUAAUCACAGUAAUUUUAAUACCUAUAGAUAAAAAAUCAAAUUGAACUCUACAAAAAAUGUGUUUAUAGAUUUAUUUGGGUUGCCAGCAAACUAAGAGCCAUUUACUAUCUAUUCCAAAAUACUCUAAUUACUGAUUUAUAUUAAUCAGUGUAAAAUGUAUUUUAGAAAAAAAAUAUUCAGUAAUUAAAUUGAUACUGUUAUAAUUUGUAAGGUCUUUUUAACAUUUUAGGGUUGUCACAUGUACUCUAAAUUGAAUUUGUUUGCCAUCUUCUAAACAAGGUAGAUGUGUUAUUGCCGUCUUCUUCUGUGUGCUACAAAACAAGCAAAAGCCAAUAAUUAACAUACAUCAAGAACUUCA